AUGUCCCCCCUGCAGCGUCCCCGGCCAUCUCCUCCGGCCGAUGCCGGCACCCAUCUUCCGGGUUCCAGUCCCUGCGAGCGUCGGGACGUGCACGGGACGAAGCCGGUGGGAAAUUUAAAAAUUUUAAAAAUAAAACAUUCCUGUAUCAAAGCAUUUCACAUACAUUUUGUCCCGAUUGCUUUGUCCUGUGCCCUGCUUGCAUUUUUACUGUUCUUUCUGCCUGGAAACUGAGAAAAGUCCAUGGCAUCCAAAAAGCGUCCCUUUUGGUCAAAAGCAGUUUUAGACCAGCUAGAAUACAGCGAUAGUAAAUCAGAACUACUUGCAGAAUUGA